GGUAAUUUAAAAAAAAAGUUUGUCCAAUGUUCUGACUCUUAUUAUAAAUUUCCUAUCCCUAGACAGGUACUGCAAACAACAUUUGCAGACAAAACAGUAGAAAACGUAUACUUACAACUUCAGACUCCUCCAUUAGACUACUUGCUGUCACUUAAAAAAGUAUGGGAUCUAAGGCAAAUGGAGAAGAGGCAGAAUUUAGAACUGAAUCUGAUUCAUUUGGACCUCUUCGAGUCCCCAAUGACAAAUAUUAUGGCGCAAAUACAGCACGAUCGAUGAAAAACUUUGAAAUAGGUGGAGAAAGUGAGAAAAUGCCACUUCCAAUAAUUCAUGCAUUUGGUAUUUUGAAAAAAGCAGCUGCGGAAGUAAAUCAAGAAUAUGACCUAGAUCCAAAGAUUGCGUCUGCAAUAUCACAAGCCGCACAGGAGGUGACAGAUGGGAGACUGAAUGAUCAUUUCCCACUAGUAGUUUGGCAGACAGGAUCGGGGACGCAGAGUAACAUGAACGUGAAUGAGGUGAUAGCAAACAGGGCGAUAGAGAUGCUAGGGGGCGUCCUGGGGAGUAAGACGCCAGUUCACCCCAAUGACCAUGUCAAUAAGAGUCAGAGUUCCAAUGACACAUUCCCAACUGCGAUGCAUAUAGCAGUUGCCAUGGAGAUAAGGAGAUGUCUGUUACCAGGACUACAGCUGCUGUUGGUUACACUUAAAGAUAAAGCACAAGAAUUUAAAGAUAUCAUCAAAAUUGGGCGCACUCACACACAGGAUGCCACCCCUCUCACCCUAGGCCAAGAAUUUAGUGGGUAUGUCCAACAGAUUGAGAAUGGAGUGGAGAGGGUGAAAUCAACAUUACCAAGACUCUACCAGUUAGCUGCAGGGGGCACAGCUGUGGGGACUGGACUCAAUACGAGGAUAGGAUUUGCCGAGAAAAUUGCGGAAAAAAUCUCUGACAUCACAGGUUUACCCUUUGUGACUGCACCUAAUAAAUUUGAGGCUCUAGCAGCCCACGACUCAAUGGUAGAAGUCCAUGGUGCUCUGAACACAAUUGCUUGUAGUCUGAUGAAGAUAGCUAAUGAUAUCAGAUUCCUUGGGUCAGGUCCUAGGUGUGGGCUGGGGGAGUUGAUGCUACCUGAGAAUGAGCCAGGAAGCAGUAUUAUGCCUGGUAAAAUCAACCCAACCCAAUGUGAGGCCAUCACCAUGGUAGCAGCCCAAGUAAUGGGAAACCACGUAGCUGUCACAGUAGGUGGUAGCAACGGCCAUUUUGAAUUAAAUGUCUUCAAACCAAUGAUGGUUCGUAAUGUACUCCAAUCAAUUCGUCUCAUCGGAGAUGCGAGUGUAUCAUUCGCUAAUAAUUGCGUAGUUGAAAUACAGCCAAAUAAGGACAGGAUUGAGCAACUAUUGAACGAUUCAUUGAUGUUAGUGACUGCGUUAAACCCGCAUAUAGGAUACGAUAAUGCAGGAAAGAUUGCUAAACACGCCCACAAGAGUGGAUUGACAUUGAAGCAGGCAGCUGUUGAGCUGGGCUUACUCACUGAACAACAGUUCAAUGAUUGGGUUAAACCUGAAAACAUGCUUGGGCCAAAUUAAUAGACGGGU